CAUUGCCGAGCAAUGGCUCUGGAACUGCCAGAAGGUUGGCUUCAUCAUGCAAGUGGAGACGGGGAAAUUAUAUAAGAUACCUGAAGACACCUAGUUCCCUCGUGUUGCAACUUGCGCUCCAACUGAGUACAACUAUUGUCGAGACAUAAUGCACGUUCAAGAGUAUCAGUAUCGCUUGAUUGAUGGCGUUCAGGCAGCGCUUGAGAAAUAUGAUGCUGAGUUGAAGAGUAUCAAUCAUCAAAUCUGGUCAAACCCCGAACUAGGCUACGAAGAAUACAAAGCCCACGACCACAUCUGCGCACUAUUCGAAAACCUCAAAUCAGAAGGCUACCAAGUGCGUCGCAGCGCCUAUGGACUCGAAACCGCCCUGGAAAUCUCAUACACGUACGGCAGUGGCGGCCGCGUCGUCGCCUUCAACGCCGAAUACGACGCCCUCCCGGGGAUCGGACACGCGUGUGGCCACAACCUCAUCGCGACCAGCUCGAUCGCCGCGUUCAUCGCGACCUGCGAGGCCCUGAAGGCGCAGUACCCCGAUGGGCCGGGGUACACGGUGCGGCUGCUGGGCACGCCGGCGGAAGAAUCCGGCGGGGGGAAGGUGAAAAUGCUAGAGAAUGGGGCGUACGAGGACGUGGACGCUUGUCUGAUGGUGCAUCCCAUGCCGAUGGCCCCGGAUGACCCGGAGCUGCUGAGCGUGGCGACGGUGCUGCCGGGUGGGUUUCUCGCGAACGACAAGGUCACGGUGACAUUUACUGGCAAGCCGGCGCAUGCGGCUGCUGCGCCGUGGGAGGGCGUAAAUGCGCUGGAUGCGGUGGUGGCGGCGUACGUCAAUAUCUCUCUGCUGCGACAGCAGAUCCUACCGACGCAGAGGAUCCAUGGGGUCAUUGCGCACGGCGGAGAACGCCCGAAUGUGAUUCCCAUGUCGGCGUCCGUGGACUAUUAUAUCCGGUCACCCAGUCUCAAGACCCUGAAGCCGUUGACCGAAAAGGUGGUCAAGUGCUUCGAGGCUGCGGCGACUGCCACCGGAUGCAAGGUGGAGUUUGAUUGGGGCAUCUCGUACGCGGAUCUGAAGACCAAUACGCCUAUCUGUGAGAAUUACGUUACUGCCAUGCGCGCAAUGGGGCACCAUACAGUUUUUGAUAACUCGGGGAAGAAGGGAGUACUGGCUGGGGCGUCGACAGAUAUGGGGAAUGUUACCUAUGCCGUGCCCGGCUUUCAUGGAAUGUUCACCAUCCCCGCCGAGGGAGUGAAUCAUACACCGCAGUUUACGAAUGGUGCUGGAUCGCCGGAGGGGUAUAAGCGUAGUCUUGCCUGUGCCGCUGGUAUGGCUGUUGUUGCAUGCCAGAUUUUGGUGGAUGAUAAAGUUGCCGAGCAAGUGAGGAAGGACUUUGAGAAAGAUGAAUAAGUUUGGUCUGUGGAUAUGAGUAACGUAAUGAUUUAGCGGUAAUAUCACAUUCCCAGCGUCUUCUUCUCAGUAAAUAAUAACAUGAUAACGGUGUAUUCAUUAGAAGGAGAGACAACAGCAAUAGCUGAUUGCGCAAAAGUCAGACUUGCGCUAUUUGAGGUGAAAACAGCAACCUAAAUAAGCCACGACAGAUUCAUCAUUGAUUUCGGCAGCGUUCUCAAUUGGACGAUGUUCUUGAUACGUGGGAAAGUGUUGGUAGAUACAGAGAGGCACAGCGCCAUAAGAAGUUCUACGACAUGGCCAUAUUCAUCCCGUUUUUGAGGAAAGUGGUAUAAGUCUGAGAAGCCAUCUCCAACAAUACUCAACUCGGAUAUCACACUCUAUUCAAAAAGACAUAGAUCGGAGCCAGAAUUCACAAGUGCGUCGUAAGACUACAAUCAAAAGAGUGAAAAUAUCAGGAUAGUAGUUCAAAAUCUAUUACUUCUUUCAACUCAUGACCAGAAACAAACCCUAAU